AUGGCUCAAUCAAAGGGCACCAAUUUUUCUUCAGCCAACACUCCCUCACUCGGCUGCUGCAAGCAUCCCAGCAGCCAUCAAACCCCUUCAACAACCACCAAACUACUUUCCUUCCUCCAUUCAAUUGUUGCAAGCAUUCCAACGGUCAUCGCAGCUAUUCCUCAGCCAUCACAACCAUGUCUUCUACCUUCUCACCCUUGA